AUGGCCGUCAACAACAACGGACUGGCGAGCAACAACCCCUUCGCCCAGCAGUCGAAUGGUCAUCCUGAACAACAACUCGCCAAGGAACAGCAGCAAUCCCUUGACAGCGAGAAGCAAGUUCUCAGCAGCGAAGGCUGCACCGGACCCGGCAAUGCCCCUAUGGUCGUCCCUGAAGUUCAAUCGCUCAAUUCUCCCAUCCCGGUGGACGAGCCAGAACGAGAAGCCGGCAAAGAAGUGACGAGCAGCUGGCAGAUCCUUUCAAAGGAGGAGAGCUCACCAAUCUCAAUGGCCUAUCACGAGUCGCGACCACAGCAGUCUUCAGGUUUCGUCAACGAUGUCAAAGGCCCGCCACCCUCAUAUGAAAGCCUGAACGGCCAGAGCAGAAGUGGAAGCGAUGGCCUCGCCACUCCCAGCCCUCUUGAGCCCGACGAUGCGACUUCGAAGCUUCCGCCCAAGCAAGAAGACCGAACCACUGUUGGUCAACUCCUCUCAUGGAUACCGCCGGCACCACGGAUACCGCCAUCCCAGAUGCCACCUCUAGUCCAGCCAAUUGUGAUACCACAACUGGACGUCCCACCCCAAGGCGAGAGCGUCCCCUUCACGCGCUGCUACAGCGAAGCCCUCGCCUCCCACGACGUCUCAAUGCGCAACUUCCUCUCCUUCCUCGACGGUCUCGCACUCGCACAGGCACCCAACUCCGCUCUUCAAGGCCUCAAACUCUUCGGCGUCGGCGUCAACUCCAUCCCCCUCCCCAUCAUCCCGCUCGCCGGACGGGGCAUCUCCGCCCUCGCCACCUCCGGCUCCGGCCACUCAAGCAGCCGCGCGCGCCUCUACCUCGAGCGCGCAAAGAAAGAGUUCUUCGCUCCCCGCGGCCUCAACAUGACGAUAGUCAAAGACGGCGAUCUCAGCGCCCGUCUGCAAAUCCCCACCCACGUAUCCCGUCUUGCUCCUUUGACCAAGAACUCGUUGACGGAAACUUGCUGUCAACGAAGAACGAACGGACUAGCGCCGUACGUCGCACCCUUGCGCUUCAACGUCCCCGAACCGGAUAAGCAGCUCCAAGGCGUGCAUAAGAUGGCGCGUAAACAUCUCGAGAGCAAAUUCAAAGCGCAGGCGAAACACAUCUCUCGACUGCGAGAGCGGCAAUGGGAGGACAUCAGCUCCCUUGGUCCGGAGAUGCGGGGGUGGGAGGAGCAGUAUGCGUUCAAAAUGGGGCAGUUGAGGAGGGUACAGGAUGAUCUUCUCGAGGACCAGGGGAAGUUUACUGGGGACAAACCGAGGGGGGAGCUGAGGGAGAGGAUUCAAGCGUUGGAAGAGUUGCAGAGGCAGGUGCAGUUGAUGGAGAGUCAGCGGUAUACGGCCGUGAUGAAUGCGGUGGGGAGUCGAGGGAAGGGGGUGGAGGCGGAGAUGGAGGAGGUGGGGUUGAGUCGGAAGUUGAAGUGGAUUGUUAUUGAGAGCCUUUAG